UCCUUUAAAUAUGCUCGCCAUUCUCACCACACUCCUCCAAACCCCAUUUCCAUAUCUUCUUCUUCUUCUUCUUCUUCUUCUUCUAAGACAUGGGUUUGAAAGGCUUCGUCGAAGGCGGCAUUGCUUCCAUAGUCGCCGGCGCUUCCACUCACCCUCUCGACCUUAUCAAGGUCCGCAUGCAGCUUCACGGCGAACCCCACCUCCCAAAUCCCGCCUAUCGCCCUGCACUCGCGGGAAGCUCCACCGGAUAUAACAUGUCUCUACACGUUGCUCCACCACCACCACCCCGCGUUGGACCCAUCUCCAUAGGCGCAAGAAUCGUCCAGGCCGAAGGCAUGGCCGCUCUCUUUUCCGGAGUCUCCGCCACCGUCCUCCGCCAAACGCUCUACUCCACCACCCGCAUGGGGCUCUACGACAUUCUCAAGCGAAAAUGGAGUCAUAAUUCGGGUUCGGAGUCGGGUAAUAAUUUGCCCCUCACCCGCAAGAUCUCCGCUGGGCUUAUUGCCGGCGGUGUAGGUGCCGCCGUAGGCAACCCUGCUGACGUGGCGAUGGUCCGCAUGCAGGCCGACGGACGCCUCCCCAAGGACCAGCGCCGGAACUACAAGAGCGUGAUUGACGCAAUCGCUCGAAUGUCAAAGCAGGAGGGAAUUGGCAGCCUGUGGCGCGGCUCGGCGCUUACGGUGAACCGGGCGAUGAUUGUGACGGCGUCGCAGCUGGCGUCGUACGAUCAGGCGAAGGAGAUGAUCUUGGAGAGGGGCGUGUUGGGCGACGGGAUUGGAACCCACGUGGCGGCAAGCUUUGCAGCCGGGUUUGUGGCGGCGGUGGCGUCGAACCCGAUCGACGUGAUAAAGACAAGGGUGAUGAGCAUGAAGAUGGAGGCGGGGGCGCCGGCGCCACCUUACUCCGGUGCGUUGGAUUGCGCGGUGAAGACGGUGAAGGCGGAGGGAUUGAUGGCUUUGUAUAAGGGUUUCAUCCCUACGAUCUCAAGGCAGGGUCCAUUCACUGUGGUGCUCUUUGUCACACUAGAACAAGUCCGGAAGCUAUUCAAGGAUUUGUGA